GGCGGGGAGGGAGGAGCCGCGGCGCGCUGGCCUGGCCACCGUGCGCCCGCGCCGCCCGCCCUCUCCGGACGCGCCACCCGGGCGCUCCCAGAAGAGGCCAAAGUUUGCCGGCAGAGAGUCGCAGCCCGAGCCGGCCGCCGCGCCGAGGGCUCCGGGGCUCCCCUCGCUUCCCGGUAUUGUUCGCCAACUUUGCUCCUCUCCUCCGCAGUCCCACCUCCGCGGAGGCCGGGCGCGGAGAGCAGGGCCAGGCUGGGCGGGCAUGGGCGGGGGCCCGAGCAGGGACGCGGAGCCGGGGCCAGCAGCCCGAGCCCGGGAGCCGCGGCUCUGAGGGGAGCGGACCUCCCCGCGAGGCCGCCUCACUCGCCACCAUGCAGCGCCCGGGCCCCCGCCUGUGGUUGGUCCUGCAGGUGAUGGGGUCGUGCGCCGCCAUCAGCUCCAUGGACAUGGAGCGCCCGGGCGACGGCAAGUGCCAGCCCAUCGAGAUCCCGAUGUGCAAGGACAUCGGCUACAACACGACCCGGAUGCCCAACCUGAUGGGCCACGAGAACCAGCGCGAGGCCGCCAUCCAGCUGCACGAGUUCGCUCCGCUGGUGGAGUACGGCUGCCACGGCCACCUCCGCUUCUUCCUGUGCUCGCUGUACGCGCCCAUGUGCACCGAGCAGGUCUCCACCCCCAUCCCCGCCUGCCGGGUCAUGUGCGAGCAGGCCCGGCUCAAGUGCUCCCCGAUCAUGGAGCAGUUCAAUUUCAAGUGGCCCGACUCGCUGGACUGCAGCAAACUCCCCAACAAGAACGACCCCAACUACCUGUGCAUGGAGGCGCCCAACAACGGCUCGGACGAGCCGGCCCGCGGCUCGGGCAUUUUCCCGCCGCUCUUCCGGCCGCAGCGGCCCCCGGGCGCGCAGGAACACCCGCUGAAGGAUGGGGGCCCGGGGCGCGCCGGCUGCGCCAACCCGGGCAAGUUCCACCACGUGGAGAAGAGCGCGUCGUGCGCGCCGCUGUGUACGCCCGGCGUGGACGUGUACUGGAGCCGCGACGACAAGCGCUUCGCGGUGGUCUGGCUGGCGGUGUGGUCCGUGCUCUGCUUCUUCUCCAGCGCCUUCACGGUCCUCACCUUCCUCAUCGACCCGGACCGCUUCCGCUACCCCGAGCGCCCCAUCAUUUUCCUCUCCAUGUGCUACUGCGUGUCCUCGCUGGGCUACAUCAUCCGCCUGUUCGCCGGCGCCGAGAGCAUCGCCUGCGACCGGGACAGCGGGCAGCUGUACGUCAUCCAGGAGGGCCUGGAGAGCACCGGCUGCACGCUCGUUUUCCUGGUUCUCUACUACUUCGGCAUGGCCAGCUCGCUCUGGUGGGUGAUUCUCACGCUCACCUGGUUCCUGGCUGCGGGCAAGAAGUGGGGCCACGAGGCCAUCGAGGCCAACAGCAGCUACUUCCACCUGGCGGCCUGGGCCAUCCCCGCCGUGAAGACCAUUCUGAUCCUGGUCAUGCGCAGGGUGGCGGGGGACGAGCUCACUGGCGUCUGCUACGUGGGCAGCAUGGACGUGACCGCGCUCACCGGCUUCGUGCUCAUCCCCCUGGCCUGUUACCUCAUCCUCGGCACUUCCUUUAUCCUCUCGGGCUUCGUGGCCCUUUUCCACAUCCGGAGGGUGAUGAAGACAGGCGGGGAGAACACGGACAAACUGGAGAAGCUCAUGGUGAGGAUCGGGGUGUUGUCCGUGCUGUACACCGUGCCCGCCACCUGCGUGAUCGCCUGCUACGUCUACGAGCGUCUCAACAUGGACCACUGGAAGCUGCUGGCCACGCAGCACAAGUGCAGAAUGAACAACCAGACCAAGAGCCUGGACUGCGUCAUGGCCGCGUCCAUCCCCGCCGUGGAGAUCUUCCUGCUGAAGAUUUUCAUGCUGUUGGUGGUGGGUAUCACCAGUGGCAUGUGGAUCUGGACCAACAAGACGCUGCAGUCCUGGCAGAGUGUGUGCAGCCGCCGCUUCAAGAAAAAGAGCCGGAGAAAACCGGCAAGCGUGCUCACCCACAGUGGGAUUUACAAAAAAGCCCAGCAGCGUCCCCCCAAAACUUACCUGGGCAAAUAUGAAAUCUCCGCCCAGCCUCCCACCUGUGUGUGACCCGCUGGGAGGGAGCGGCCAGGGCACGAAACUUUCCCAGAGAGGAUACAGUGACAGUCAGAGCCAAACACGGUGCUUUUCUUGGUUGGUUGGUUUUUUUUAAAUAAAAGGAAAACAAAUAAAAAGUUUUUACCCUGAAGUUCAGGAUGCUGUGAUACACUGAAAGUUUUAAAAAAAAUGUACUGAAAGGUUUUUGUUUUGUUUUUGUUUUCUUUUCAGGGAAGGAGAGCUCUCGGGUUAAGUAGCCUCUUGUGUAACUAAUUUGUGGUAAUGUAGUUGAUUCAGCCCCCAGAAGAAAACGUUUGUUUAGAACCUUCCGUAAAUAUACAUCUGUGUGUGUGUGUGUGUGUGUGUGUGUGUGUGUGUGUUUGAAUUGGCUUUGCUAUCCAUUUACAAAUCAGAAGAGAUAACUUCUUUGCAAAUUAAAGGGCCUCUGCAGGGUUGCAGAGAGAGAGAGAGAGAGAGAGAGAGAGAGAGAGAGAGAGAAAUGCCCAGAGGGUCCCUCCGCAGCCCGAAGCCACCCCAGGGGCUUAGCCCUCAGGAAGGCUGCCUCUAAGACAGCAACGCUGUGCAAACAGGAAGGAAGAGAAAGCCUGACAGCUCAACACACUCCAGUGGAUUUGGAGUCACUUAAAAUAGACUCCUGCCUCUUGCCCUCACAAACGGGCUUUCUCCGAGACAGAAACUUCCACCAAACCUAACAUUUGUAAAUGCAAGCCAUGUGCAAUACAUUUUCCCCUUUCCAUGAAAAUAAAAAGAGAAAGCAAGUAGUUUGCUGUAUAUAAAGACAACAAAAGAAAUCUCCUAACAAAAGAACUGAGGGGCCCAACCCUCAGAAACCCUUUAGUGUUCCAUUUUGCGGCUUUUUAAUGGAAACCAAGCCAAUGUUAUAGGCGUUUGGACUGAUUUGUGAAAAGGAGAGGAAAGGGUAGAAGGAUCAUUCAGAAGUACCCAAAGGGCUUAGUGACUCUUUCUGCUGUUAAACAAAUGGUUUCCAUGAAUAUAUCAAGAAACGGCAGACAAAUGGUCUAGCUUAUUCUCCCC